AUGACGAGUUGCGUAACUCUUGAUGGUAAAAAUUUCAUCAACAGUCUUCCCAACCGCGCCAGUAUAAAUUGCCUUAAGUAUCGCCCACGACCCGUCCUCAGAGAGAAUGCCACGAGCACGCCGUCGAAGCUCCAACCCGGCACUCCCGGGAGCUCCAUCGACCGGCUUUCGAGGCCCUUCAAAUGCCCUGGAUCGGCCACCCCUACACGCACAUCAGACAAGCCUGCGAGGAAGAGACGGAAAGUGAACUACGCAGGGGCCGACGGAGAAGGCAAUGAUGAGGAUGAAAAGCCGUACACAAACGAGGACCGUCUCGCGCUCGCCACCCGGGACGUGAAUAGGUUUCCUGUCUUCAAACCGAAGGACAAGGACACGGCCUUUCGACAGAGAUUCAAGGUGCCGCUUAUCAACAAACAAGUGGAUAAUUUUGGUGCCCGACCAGCCCCGACGCUGGGGAUGAGGCAAGGCGCGACGUUCGUCGUGAAACCGUUGCAUGACCCCAGUGGCGAGUUUGCGAUAGUGCUCUACGACCCGACUGUUGAUGAGGUGGAAGAAGAAGAGCCCAAGAAAGAACCGCAAGGCGAUACAGAGGGUGAAAAGCCUCAACUGGACGAACCGCUGGUACAUAAGAGCUUGGCAGAUAUUCUUGGACUCAAGAAGAAGGUCGAAGACAGGCCUAAGGUCCCCGUUGUCAUCGAUCCACGACUGGCAAAGGUUCUACGGCCGCAUCAGGUGGAAGGUGUUAAGUUCCUUUAUCGUUGUACAACCGGAAUGGUAGACAAGAACGCGAAUGGGUGCAUUAUGGCUGAUGGCAUGGGCUUGGGUAAAACGCUUCAAUGCAUCUCGUUGAUGUGGACAUUGCUCAAGCAAUCCCCGGAGGCUGGAAAGACUACCAUUCAGAAGUGCAUCAUCGCGUGCCCUUCCAGUUUGGUUGGAAACUGGGCCAAUGAGCUUGGCAAAUGGCUUGGCAAGGAUGCAACAACCCCAUUUGCAGUCGACGGCAAGGCCUCAAAAACGGAGCUCAUUGCUCAAAUGAAACAAUGGGCCAUCGCGUCCGGAAGAUCGGUCGUGAGGCCGUGUCUGAUCAUUUCUUACGAAACCCUUCGCUUGUAUGUUGAUACACUGAAGGAUAGCCCGAUUGGGUUACUACUAUGCGACGAAGGCCACCGACUGAAAAACAAGGAGAGUUUGACCUGGACUGCACUCAACAGCCUGAAUGUACAACGCCGGGUGAUCUUGUCUGGUACUCCAAUCCAGAAUGAUCUGUCGGAGUACUUUUCACUUCUCCAUUUCGCGAAUCCGAACCUCCUGGGCUCGCAGAACGACUUCAGAAAGAGGUUCGAGUUGCCAAUUCUUCGAGGAAGAGAUGCCGCGGGCUCAGAAGAAGAUCGAAAGAAAGGAGAUGAACGGCUGGCUGAGCUUUCAGGCAUUGUGAACAAAUUCAUCAUUCGCCGAACGAACGAGCUGCUGUCUAAGUACUUGCCGGUCAAGUACGAGCAUGUCGUAUUCUGCAACAUGUCCCAGUUUCAACUCGACCUCUACAAUCACUUCAUUCAAAGUCCAGAGAUCAAGAGCUUGCUCAGGGGUAAAGGGAGUCAGCCGUUGAAAGCUAUCGGGCUAUUAAAGAAGCUUUGCAACCAUCCUGAUCUCCUGAAUCUAUCCACGGACCUUCCGGGCUGUGAACACGCAUUUCCGGAUGACUAUGUCCCUCCCGAAGGACGAGGACGCGACAGAGAUAUCAAAUCCUGGUAUUCCGGCAAGAUGAUGGUCUUGGACCGUAUGCUGGCACGUAUUCGCCAGGACACGAACGACAAGAUUGUUUUGAUUAGCAAUUAUACGCAGACAUUGGAUCUCUUCGAAAAGCUUUGCCGGUCACGGGGAUAUGGCUCUCUGCGAUUGGACGGUACCAUGACCGUGAACAAACGACAAAAGCUCGUCGACAAGUUCAAUAACCCCGAUGGAGAGGAAUUUGUGUUUCUUCUCAGUAGCAAAGCGGGUGGGUGUGGUUUGAACUUGAUAGGUGCGAAUCGACUGGUUUUGUUUGAUCCCGACUGGAACCCGGCAGCCGACCAGCAAGCCUUAGCGCGUGUCUGGCGUGACGGUCAGAAGAAGGACUGUUUCGUCUACCGCUUCAUCGCUACUGGCUCAAUUGAAGAGAAGAUAUUCCAGCGUCAAUCACACAAACAAUUACUUUCUUCGUGCGUGGUGGACUCCGCCGAGGAUGUCGAGCGACACUUUUCUCUGGAAUCACUUCGCGAGCUGUUCCAAUUCAAACCGGAUACUAAGAGUGAUACGCACGAUACCUUCAAGUGCAAGCGCUGUCGGCCCGAUGGGACACAAUACAUCAAAGCCGCUGCCAUGCUGUACGGUGACACCAGUACUUGGAACCAUUUUGUGAACGAUGGAGAGACUGGGCACCUCAGCAAGAUUCAGGACUUGCUGAUCCGACAGGAAACUGGGGAAAGAGAUGUCUCUGCGGUUUUCCAGCUCGAGAAGGUCGUUCGCGAAGCCGCUUUCAGGGGGGAGCACGAGGAGAUCCAGAAGAUCGUCGACCAGCUCUGUCACGAUUAUGCCUACGCCGUGCAUCAGCCUCAUGCCAGGAAUGGCGGCUUGAUUGGCCUCGCUGCCGCUUCGAUAGCGUUGGGAUCCGAAGGUGUUGCACCGUACUUGAAGGAGAUCGUACCGCCGGUGCUCGCAUGCUUUUCUGACCAAGAUGCGCGCGUUCGGUACUAUGCUUGCGAGAGCAUGUACAACAUUGCCAAGGUUGCGAAAGGGGAGAUCCUACUCUUCUUCAAUGAGAUCUUCGAUGCCUUGAGCAAACUUGCUUCCGACUCCGAACUGUCAGUCAAAAACGGCGCAGAACUUCUCGACCGACUUGUCAAGGAUAUCGUUUCCGAAUCGGCAGCCUCCCAUGUCUCAGUGCUGCAGCUCACGGAGAAGCAGCAGGCAGAUCCAGAGUCGUUGGAGGAUGCGGAUCUACCGACUGCGUUCUCGCUCCCGAAAUUCAUCCCCUUGCUUAAAGACCGGAUCCACGUCACCAGUCCUUUCACCAGAACAUUUCUGGUUUCGUGGCUCACGCUCCUGGACACAAUACCUGACCUCGAGCUCAUCUCGUUUCUGCCGGACUUCCUCGGAGGGCUGAUCAAAUUCCUCGGGGAUCCGAAUAGAGAUGUCAAUAUCGCGACUCAGGCGCUUCUGGAUCGCUUUCUGUCGGAGAUCAAGAGGAUUGCUCGGCUCAAGAAGGGAAUCGAGGAAAGCCGCAAAGACCAAGGGAGCGAGAAUAGACAGUCCACGACGAGCGACGGCCUCAGUGUGACGACGACGACCGAUCAGACUCUGGCUGUCGAGUCGGAGACAACUGACAACGCGAUAGAAGAUUCUGAGAUCGAUUCCGUGACCGAUGAAGAUGGAUUCAACGCAGACGGAGACUGGAUUCCUGGCCAAGACGUCCAGAUCGAUUAUGCAAGGAUACUGGAGAUCCUCGUGGGAUAUGUUGACACAUCAUUCGUGGAAGAAAUGCAGUUGACGGCUUUGCGUUGGAUCGACAAUUUCUUCGAGAUCAGUCCCGAAGACAUCUUACCCUUUGUGCCUCGCCUGCUGACCCAAGUCCUCCCGGCGAUGUCCAGCGGCUCGGACCAAGUGCGGCAGGCCGCCAACCGAGUGAAUACAUCUCUGCUGGAAUACAUCGUCACGUUGUCCGAAGACACGUCGGAGGAGACCUCCCGACAGGGGCCAGCAACGACCAAGCCCAGUAACACGAAUAGCAAAGACGUGGUCGUCGAACGACGGUCGUCCACGCCAGGCAGCAGACCCUCCGAAGGCCCGUCGACCGAGCCGACCCCCAGGAACAGCAUCAUCUCCACGUCCGUGCCGCCCGCCGAUCUCGACUACGCGGCGGCGGUCAACUCGCUGACGCUGCAGUUCCUGAACGAGAACGAGACCACCCGGGUCGCGGCCCUGUCCUGGCUGAUCAUGCUCCACCGCAAGGCGCCGAAGAAGGUGAUCGCGUUCAACGAUGGCACGUUUCCGGCCUUGCUCAAGACGCUGUCCGACCCCGCGGAGGUGGUGGUGACCAAGGAUCUGCAGCUCCUCUCGCAGAUCUCCCGGAACAGCGAGGACAGCUACUUCAAGUCCUUCAUGGUGAACCUGCUGCAGCUCUUCUCCACCGAUCGGAGUCUGCUGGAGGUGCGCGGGAACCUCAUCAUCCGGCAGCUGUGCAUGAACCUCAGCCCCGAGCGCAUCUACAGGACUCUCGCAGACUGUCUCGAGAAAGAGGAGGACCUCGAGUUCGCCAGCAUCAUGGUCCAGAAUCUCAACAACAACCUCAUCACCGCCCCCGAGCUCUCGGAGCUCCGGAAGCGGCUGAGGAACCUCGACAACAAGGACGGCCAGGCCUUCUUCGUCGCGCUAUUCAGGUCCUGGUGCCACAACGCGGUCUCGACCUUCUCGCUCUGUCUGCUCGCACAAGCCUACGAGCAAGCAUACAAUCUCCUCCAAGUCUUUGCCGAGCUCGAAAUGACCGUCAACAUGUUAAUCCAAAUCGACAAGCUGGUCCAGCUGCUCGAAUCCCCCGUCUUCACCUACCUCCGUCUCCAACUCCUCGAACCAGAACGAUACCCCUACCUCUACAAAUGCCUGUACGGAGUCCUGAUGCUCCUCCCGCAAAGCUCCGCCUUCGCCGCCCUGAAGAACCGACUCAACAGCGUCAGCAGCAUCGGACUCCUCCACACCGGUCCCCGACUAACCGCCCUCCCCUCAUCCCUACCCACCAACUCGACCUCCACCUACGACCGCCCCACCGGCAGCAGCCGCCUCAAACGCGAAGACUCCUCCAGCUCAACCUACACCACCUCCUCCGCUGCGGCCGCGGCAGCAACCUCCGCAUCACUAUCAUCCAGCACCUCCUCGAUCCGGUGGGUCGAACUCCUCGACAAAUUCAAAUCCGUCCAGGAGAAGGCCCGCCGCGCCCAGCGCGCCUCGCAGCGACCCCUUGACCAGGACGGCGGCGGGCCCUUUGGCGGUGACGGAAGGGGACUCAUACAACACCCCGGCGCAGGCGGCGGCGUCGAUCUGGUUCACCGCGGGGCCCGCGACCGAAGUACCAUCGCCGCCCUGUUGCCAGAUGUGCCGAGGGGAGGCGCGGCGGGCUUGGGGAUGGGGAUGGGAGGAGCCGGAGCCGGAGCCGGUGGUGGGGACGGGGCGCGCGCCGGUGGGCCCGAUGCCGGUGGUCAUGGUGGUUCGGCGAAUGCAGGGGCAGGUGCAGGGGCAGGUGCUGGUUCUGGGCCGGGCGCUGCAGCAGCAGCUGGGGGCGGCGCGGCCGGUCGAGCCGCGGCCGGGGCCGGGCACAGACAUAAAUCCAGUCUCCCGAACCUGGGUCGCUUGGGGAUCGGGAGUCGCAAGUCGAAACGGUGAUUGUUUCGGCUAUUCUUGAUUUCUGGGCCUCGGAGAAGACGGGGGAGGGGGGGGUUCCUUGUUUUGCGUUUUCGUUUUGUUUUGUUUGUUUUGCAUUUCGGGAAGUUGUCAAGAGAGCGGAAAAUGGGGCCCCGUUUCGUUCCAUCUUUAUAUGGAGGUGAAUGGGGAGGUCGGUGAAUGAUGAACAGUAGAGAGGAGGUGCUGCAGCGCGGUGUCUUGAACCUGCCUAUCCCGAGAUUACCCAGGAUAUAUCCCUAGAUGUGAAGCUGUCACUGCUUGUAUCCCGCCUUGCUUCACAAUGAUGUGCGGGAGCUUGCCAUGAUGAAUAUGAUAUCAUUAGACCAUCGCAUCCCAACCUCGAGAUUU